AUGAGAACCACAGAGCUACAAAAUGAAAUCAACCACCUUGUGUUUAUGUAUUUCACAUCGAUUGGCGUUAUCCAAAGAGAUUCAGGGCAAAGUGACAUCUGUGUCAAGAUGAAUGACCUUAUAGGAGAAAUCAGAAGAUGCAGGGAGAAGAUUAGAGAGCUGAUGUGUGAACACACAGUUGAAGAGCAUAUCCGAGAUGAUUAUAGCAAGAUUAUAGCUGAUGGUAAGGAUUUUGUCGAGGAUGGAAUGUGUUUUCUUGAUGCGAUUAUGUAA